AUGACGUCCUCCUCUACAGCGGCUCUCCUGUACGCAGCCACCAUUGCCAUCCCCUCGACAGCGUCGCCAAAACCCGACGACGAGAUUACAAAGACCAAGGCGUGGCAUGUCAAGAGUGGUGGCUUUGAAAACCCAUGGCCGUCAUGGCAGAUGCACUCACUGCAUACCCUGCUCUGGGGUCUCCUCCAGAGGAGGCUGACGGGCAAAGCGAACAAGCCUGAUACAACCCCUCCGACCGUCCCUGUCCGUCCACCUACCUUUCUUCCUUCGCGCACCGCCAACAACUCUGGCUCUCUUAGAGCAACAUGGCUCGGGCAUGCCUGUUUCUAUGUCGAGUUCCCCUCUGGCCUACGCGUCCUGUUCGACCCAGUCUUUACAGAUCGAUGCUCACCCUUUUCUUGGCUGGGCCCUAAGAGAUAUACGGAGUUGCCCUGUCAAAUAAAGGACAUUCCUGUCAUUGACGCUGUUGUCAUCUCGCAUAACCACUACGAUCAUCUCUCGCACCCUACCGUCCUAGAAAUCGCGAAACACAACCCGGAGUGUCACUUCUUUGUACCUCUAGGCAACAAGAAAUGGUUCUCGGAUAGCGGGAUCGAGAAGUGCACUGAGCUAGACUGGUGGGAUGAAGUGGAUUUUACACUGACACCUUCCUCUCCAACGUCUACGGAAACCAAGCGCGCAAGCGUUUCCUCCACCGACGAGCCCAAUUCAGCUUCCUCCUCAGACGCAAUAACUGCACGCAUCUCCUGCCUACCAUGUCAACACAUUUCGGCACGCUCCAUUCACGACCGUGCUGCUACUCUAUGGGCUUCAUGGUCCGUCUCGUCAGGUUCCAAAUCAGUGUAUUUCGGCGGGGACACCGGUUAUCGUACCGUCCCCAAGUCUUCCGAGGGCAAAGACGACUGGGCAGAGGAGUAUUCAAAGCUACCUCAUUGCCCGGCAUUUGCAGAUAUCGGCCGUCUCAGAGGUCCGUUUGACCUGGGUCUCAUUCCCAUUGGGGCUUAUAUGCCACGGUGGAUCAUGAGUCCUAUGCACGCCAAUCCCCGGGAUGCUGUGGAGAUAUUCAGGGAUGUAAAGUGCAAGAGGGCGCUGGGAAUACACUGGGGCACAUGGGUGUUGACAGAGGAGGAUGUACUGGAACCACCCCGGUUGCUGAAGGAGGCGUUGAAACACCAUAAAAUGGAAGAGACGGGAGUGUUUGAUAUAUGUGACAUUGGCGAGAGCCGGGAGUUUUGA